AUCAAAUCAUGAUCGUCCAUCUCAUCCAGCUUACAAAGCAUAUAUACACACACACCACAUCCAGAGUCUGUGGUUCAUUCUUUAAUUACGUACUUAUUAAAAAAACUUCUACUUUUGUGCUGAAUGAUGUUGGCUCAAUCUGUGUUUAGAUUUAGCGAAUUCAUCACCGUUUCUGUUUUGGUUGCCUCCGUCUCUAUCUUCUCUACACGUCUCUUCUUAAGAUUUGCCGUUUUCCUCGUCACACGUCCAUGGCGUCGCCACCGCACAUUCACGUUCCGCCGGUGGAGAAUGGCGGCGAAAGAUCAUUCGUCUCCGCCGUACUGUGUCGUCUGUCUGCGAGAGGCAGAGGAAGGUGAGAAGAUGAGACGAUUGACGAUUUGUCGUCACUGUUUCCACGCGGAUUGCAUAGAUACAUGGCUCAGUGUAAUGUCCAAGUGUCCGUUGUGUAGAGCUGAGAUUCCGCCGUUACCGCCGGCGAAUCCUCUGCUCUCACUGUUUUUUCCGGCCGGUGUGAUCGAUUUGUUCACCAACAAAGAAUCUCGACGCGUAGCGUAGCUCUAUAUUAAUUUCGGAUUCCAUGUUUUCUUAAUGCUCUGACCUGUCAAUGACUAAGUGUUUAACAAAUAUUAAAACAUAAGCUUAACUAA